GUUUGAUCCUGCCUGAAUUCUACCUCACUUCACUUCACUUCCCUUCCAGCACUUUCUUCGCAACACUGAGAACCCCUUUGUCAUCCAUCAGCGUCCUUUUUUGGCAGCAACUGAAUUGAUUGUUAUCUCUCCUCUCAUCGAGGUCGAUUCAACAGCCGCUGUCAACAUGCCUGAAAUAGGCGAAGUCGCCCGCACAGUGCACUACAUCCGCAAACUCCUCGUCGGCAAAACAAUCUCCAAAGUCAUAGCCAACGAAGAUAACAAUGUCUUUGGCAAAGCAGGCUGCUCGGCCGGCGACUUUCAAAAACACAUGACGGGCAAGAAGGUCGUCGACGCCGGCCAGCAGGGCAAAUAUUUCUGGAUGAUCAUGUCCAGUCCACCUCACCCGGUCAUGCACUUCGGUAUGUCCGGCUGGAUCAAGUUCAAGGACGAACAUACGUACUACUAUCGACCGAAAGAGGGCGAAGAGAACGAGCCCUGGCCGCCCAAGUUUAUGAAGUUCUUACUCGAAACAAAGCACGAGGACGGCCAGGAGAAAGUCGAAGCCGCGUUCGUCGAUAUGAGGCGCUUUGCGAGGAUCAGGCUGGUGGACUGUCCCGGGGGGAAGAUCCGGGAGAACACGCCCUUGAAAGAGAACGGCCCGGAUCCCGUGAUUGACAAGGACAUCGUCACCGUGGAGUGGUUGAAGAAGAAGUGUCGGGCGAAAAAAGUCCCCAUCAAAGCCAUGCUGCUUGACCAGGCGAACAUCAGUGGCAUCGGAAACUGGGUCGGCGAUGAGAUCAUGUACAAUGCGAAAAUGCAUCCCGAGCAGUAUGCAAACACCUUGUCGGACGAGCAGAUCGAGCAGUUGCACAAGUCCAUUCAGUAUGUGUGUAAUACGGCGAUUGAGACAUUGGCAGAUUCAGAGCAGUUUCCGGAUGAUUGGCUGUUCAAGCAUCGGUGGCAGAAGGGCAAGAAAAAUGCGUCGAAUACGUUGCCGAAUGGAGACAAGAUUGCUUUUUUGACUGUGGGUGGACGCACGAGUGCAGUCGUACCAAGUGUGCAGAAGAAGACGGGCCCUGUGGCGAAGGAGAUGGACGAGGCCGAAGUUCUGGAUGGUGACGACAAGAAAACAAUAAAGGAUAAGGGUAAGAAGCGGAAGGCUACGGCUGAAGAUGAUGAGGAUGAGGACGAAGAAGUCAUGCCAAAGAAGACGACUGCUAGAGGCAGAAAGGCGCAAGUCAAGGGAGAACCGCAGGCCGAGAGCAAGCCCGAGGUCAAUGGUGAUUCAAAGUCGGCAAAGGCUACGGCCAAGGGCAAGAAGGUUAAAGAAGAGCCAGCGCACACAGACAAGAAGUCUGGCCGUGGAAAGGCUGCAGUGGCAGACUUUGACAAAGCCACUGCAAUCGAUACCAGCAAACGGAGAUCUGGUCGCUUGAGCAAGGCUUAGGCAUGGAGGUGAAGCUUGUGUUGUCCAAUUGUUGCUUGCUGUGUUACUAUCUCAAUCGAGCGGGAUCAACUUGUACUACUAGCACUGUCGAAAUCAAAAAUGCUCA